AUGUCGACGCCAACCACCCUCGCCCGCACGGCUCCCAUUGCUAUAGCUUCCCGCAAGCCCCGAACGAUUGAGUCCUCAAUCGAGAACUUCGGCAGCGCUCUGAACGGCAGGACCCAGCUUUCUGUAAGCAUGAGCAGUUCUGCAUCUGGGGAUUCAGGAAUGAAUGUCAGGGGUCGAAAGGAUAGACCCUGUGAUGCGUGCAGAAGAAGGAAAAGCAGAUGCGUGAUCAAUGAGGGCCAGACUAUCUGUGUGUUGUGUCAAUUCCAUACCCAGGAGUGUACAUUUGUGCAAAGCCCGCAACCACGGAAGAGGAAGCUGAACAUUGAAGGAGGAAAGGAGGAAUCUGUGGCCAAGAGAAGAUCACCGGAUAGAACCGACGAGAGACGACGAAGGCCAACCGAAUCGAGUUUCUCUAGUAAUUCUUUAAUUGAGGACAUGGCCAAUAUUGGAGGGCCAACACUUUUAAAGCGAACUUUGGGGCUGCAAAAUGAUCGAUACAGCCAAUAUAUCGGACCAACUACCGACUUCGAGCCAUCACUUAUUGAUCUGUCCCCCUUUGAUCCUCAAGAUGAAAGUCUACUCUCCAGGGGCACCUUGAGGAAAGUGAAUGAUGUAGAGACUUUCCUGUUGUUACCGGAUUAUAACACGCCUGGCUACGAGCAUAUUAUAGACGAUGCAGAUGCAAUUGAGAGUCUUGUCGCACCUCAUGGACCAGCAUUACUCGAACUAUAUUUCAGGAUCAUUCAUCCUAACUUUCCCAUUCUUCAAAAGACAGUUUUCUUGGAAAAGUACAACCGUUCUCAUCGGGAGUUUUCUCCUCCAAUUCUUGCUGCUGUAUAUAUUCUAGCCAUUAACUGGUGGGAUCACAGCGAGGAACUUGUCAAUGUCCAAAGACCCGAUCUGAGAGAGCUGGAAAGACUUGCUCGAGUGACCUUGGCCGAUGCAAUGAACAGACCAAAAUUAUCAACUGUACAAGCCGGGCUAUUGCUGUCCCAACGACCAGAAGGAGACCAAUGGGCACCAACAGCACAACUAGUAGCCAUUGGCCAAGAACUAGGUCUACAUCUAGACUGCUCAACCUGGAAAAUCCCACCAUGGGAACGAGGUCUACGAAAACGUCUAGCAUGGGCUCUCUACAUGCAAGACAAAUGGGGCUCCCUAGUCCACGGCCGGCCUCCCACAUCUUCGCCUCAAACUGGGCCGUACCCGCGCUCUCCCCCAACGACUUCCCCGACGUCGAUUUCGACGAGCACGACACGCGCGAAAGCGCCGAGCCAUGGCGACCGUCACGGCCGCCGGGCCGCAGGGUACGCAUCUGGUGCUCCAGCUCGCGAAACCCGUGCAGCUGAAGCUGAAGGACUGGUUCGCCGCCCUCCCCACGUGUCUACGCAUGGAUUCCUCCCCGCCAGCAGUCCCAGCACCACGACGCUCUGCUCGACCGGCUUCCUGCACCUGGCGUACUUCGCGACGGAAAUCACGCUGCAUCGCCGCAUCAUCCGCUCGCUGUCCACGCCGCCGGCCCCAGACACCAAGCCAGCGCUCGAUCCCUACAUCACGCACAUUUGCCGCAGCGCAGCCAAGACGCGUCUCAUCUCCGCCAUGGACUUUGUGAACCGGCUCACGUCCUCGCAUCUGCGCUCCUUCUGGUACUUUGCGUCCAAGACGAAUUUCGCGUUGAUUGGCACGUUUGGGAGUCUGUUGUGGGCGACGGCGCCGGGCAGGGAGGAGGCGGAUUGGUACCGUAGACGACUCGGGGAGUAUCGGUGGACGUUGGGCGUUAGUUGCAAGGGGGGUGGUUCGGAAGGGGGCGGCAACAAUAGAUUAACCGAGUUUGCGAUGGGGAUGCUCGACACGUCAACCGGUCUUCUCAAAGCUUUGCCAGAGAAACCGGCGUUAAGUCGUGUAGGCUCUGAAGCGGAAAACCUUGGCCGCAGUACUGGAGGAGAGGGUUUUAGGUUUGGUUCUUUUGGGACGACGGGGUUCGGCAUUGGGCCGUCGAGAGAUGAGGGCGAGGGUCAGAGCGGGCUUGCUAGUCCAAGUACGAGUGUUAGUUCGAGUGUGGGGAGUGGGACGGGGUUUGAGGCUUACAUGGCGCCCUCGACGGGGCAUUCUGUUCCGAGGAACGAGGAGAUGUAUUGA